AUGGCUGCCCCUGCCGUACAAGAAGUUCUUCCUCCCUCGCUGGAUUCUACUUCAGAACCUCCACCUCUCUUUGAUGGAACAACUAGAUUGUAUAUCAAUUACCAGUGCCCAUUUGCUCAGCGCGCGUGGAUUGUGAGGAACUAUAAGGGUUUACAUGACGAGAUAAAAUUGGUUCCAAUUGACCUCCAAAAUAGGCCUGCAUGGUACAAGGAGAAAGUGUAUCCUGAAAACAAGGUGCCGGCACUGGAGCAUAAUGGUAAAGUUAUUGGAGAAAGCCUGGACUUGAUCAAGUAUAUAGAUGCCAACUUCAAAGGCCCGUCUCUUUUACCGGAUGACCCGGCCAAACAGAAGUUUGCUGAAGAGUUGAUUGCCUACUCGGGCACGUUUGUGAAGAACGUGUUUUCAUCGUUCAAAGGAGAUACUGUUAAACAAGCUGGUGCUGAAUUUGAUUACUUGGAGAAUGCCCUCCAGAAGUUUGACGAUGGACCUUUCUUCCUUGGCCAGUUCAGUCAAGUGGAUGCUGCUUAUGCUCCGUUUAUCGAGAGGUUUCAAAUCUUUCUGAAUGAAGUGUGGAAAUACGAUAUUACAUCUGGCAGACCAAAAUUAGCCGCUUGGGUCGAGGAAAUAAACAAGCUUGAUGCUUACAAGCCGACCAAGCCUGACCCUGGACGUCUCAUCUCUUUGUAUAAAAGCCGUUUUUUGGCUUGA